GAGCUGGCACCGGUAUAUUUCCCGUCUUUAAAACCUGGCUGUUGGGCCUGACAACAACCAAGAAGAUGUCAGAGGGAGAUAACAAGCAGGCCUCCGACUCUGCAGCCCAGGAAGUGAAGACCGAGUCAGCUGCUCCCGCAGGUCAGACCGUGUCUCCACCGAUGUCCAUGGUCUCCCAUCCUCCAGCCGCUGCUGCCACCGAGGACGAGGAAGAGGAGAGCGAGGAUGAGUCGGAGAUUUUAGAGGAAAGCCCCUGUGGACGCUGGCAGAAACGCAGAGAAGAGGUGAAUCAGCGUAACGUCCCUGGGAUCGACAAUGCUUACUUGGCCAUGGACACUGAGGAAGGAGUGGAGGUGGUGUGGAAUGAGGUCAUGUUCUCAGAAAGGAAGAUUUUCAAGCUACAGGAGGAAAAAGUCAAAGCAGUUUUUGACAAUUUGAUCCAGCUGGAGCAUCUGAACAUUGUGAAGUUUCACAAGUACUGGGCGGACGUCAAAGAGAACAGAGCGAGGGUCAUUUUCAUCACUGAGUACAUGUCCUCUGGAAGUCUCAAGCAGUUUUUGAAAAAGACGAAAAACCACAAGACCAUGAAUGAGAAGGCCUGGAAGCGCUGGUGCACACAGAUACUGUCUGCCCUCAGCUACCUGCACUCCUGUGAACCUCCCAUCAUCCACGGCAACCUGACCUGUGACACCAUCUUCAUCCAGCACAACGGCCUCAUCAAGAUCGGUUCAGUUGCUCCAGACACCAUCAACAACCACGUGAAAACCUGUCGGGAAGAGCAGAAGAGCCUUCACUUCUUUGCUCCGGAGUAUGGAGCUGUUGCCAAUGUCACCACAGCCGUGGAUAUCUAUUCCUUUGGGAUGUGCGCCUUAGAGAUGGCUGUGUUGGAAAUCCAGAGUAACGGAGAUUCGUCUUAUGUGUCCCAAGAAGCCAUAAACAAUGCCAUUCAGAUGCUAGAGGACCCGAUUUCCCAGGAAUUUAUCCAGAAGUGUCUGGAGGUGGACCCCAGUAAGCGGCCCACCGCUAAGGAGCUGCUGUUUCACCAGGCCCUGUUCGAGGUGCCAUUACUGAAGCUGCUGGCGGCUCACUGUAUCGUCAGCCAACAACAUAUGAUUCCAGAAAAUGCUUUAGAAGAGAUGACAAAGAACAUGGACCCCAACCUGGUGAUUGUUGAAGUCAAAGAUGGAGUUCAGAUGAAGCUCUCUCAGUUCCCUGCUCUUGAGCUGGACAAGUUCCUGGAGGAUGUAAGGAAUGGGAUCUAUCCUCUGACGGCGUUUGGGGUACCGAGUCCUCAUCAGCCUCAGCAGGAGACGGUGAAGUCGCCCAUCGUUCCCCCCUCUGUGAAAACCCCGACCCCUGAACCCGCUGAGCUGGAGACCAGGAAGGUCCUCCAGAUGCAGUGCAAUAUUGAGCCUGUUGACGAGGGCAACAAGCACCAUCUGACCUUGCUGUUGAAACUGGAGGAUAAACUGAACAGGCACCUGAGCUGUGAUUUGUUACCAAAUGAGAACGUGAAUGAUCUGUCGGGGGAGCUGGUUCAGCUCGGAUUCAUCAGCGAGGGCGAUCAGCCACGACUUGCCUCAGUUCUCGAAGAAGCCUUCUCCAAGUUCUACAGCAGGAACGGAUCCCUCAACCCGGUGACGGUGUCCUCGUAGCGGUGGACUCCCCGCUCUCUCAGCCUCCUCGUCAACAGGACUAGCUUUUGGCUCCGCCUCUGAGUUGCAGAAGCUUAGCGAGGACCGGAGGACGCCUUGCUCCGGCUGCAGGUCUGCUGUCGGGUCUCCUGGGGGGGAAAAGCUGCCACUGAGUGGUUGUCGCUUUCUAUCUUGUUUUUCUCUCCUCCCACAGCAAACAGCCCAUCUGCUUCUCUUCUGACAGCGGGAAUUCUAGUCGCAACUUUAAGGAAAAUACAAAUGUUUUCACUUUUUGGCUUAUCUCUUUCGGUUCUCAAGUAGCGAAGGAGGUAAGCAACAUAAAACUGGAUUACUGCAGUAUUUUCCUUGAGUCAGUAUUAAAUUGUAUUUUAAAGAUUUGUACUUAAACUGUUAAAUAGUUGUCUGUACAAAGCAAAUUCUCUGUCCCGGCAUACUGAAGUGUGUAAGUGUGUGUAUUAUGGUGUAUGGUUAAGUCUGGUCUCUUUAAACUUUGAGCAGCGAGUGAGGCGGCGUCCCACCCGUUAUCGGUUUCUGAAGACUCGAAUGCAUUGAGCUCGUAAUGCAACAGAUGCUACGUCACUUUUCAUUUGAAAAACAUUUGAUUAUAGGACAAAUUAAUUAAAUGUGCAGCCGCAACCCAAUCUGAAGAGCUACAGCUACGAUCUGAAAAAGAAGUCUAUUUAUUUGUUUAUUUUGUCUUGAGUGUGUACUGUAAUUCACUUCCAGCACUAAGGCCGGUGGUGGUUUGAAUGUAAGCUUUACGUUUCUCUCAUCCUUUGAAUCGCGCUAUUAUUUUCUAUUGAAAAAAAAGAAAAGUGUAUGGGGGGGGUUGUCACCUGACUGUGGUCCAAUGUCUACUGUAGCUUCAGUUUUCCAAGUAGCUCAUUUCAGACUUAAAGAUCGAUUUCAAGUCAUAUAAAUGUGUUUUUAGGGGACAUUUACACAGGAGAAUUCAUGUGAAGAUAUUUCACAUUAAAGCAAAUGGUCUAAAGGAUGUUUGAGGAAUGCAUGUCUGCUGUUUCUACGUCUAAAAAGUAACUGAUGCAUUGGGUUCAAUUGUCUUUGAGACAUAAUAAAGGAGUUUGGUCAGUUUCAGGCCUGUCAACAUUUAGAUUUCUCCUGAAUCUUCAGUUCUCUUCAUGGGCUUCGUUGUUCUGUUGGACAGCAGAGCUAUGCUAUGGAGAUGUUCACUUCUCGGCCCCUUAAAUGUUAACUGUUCGGGGAUCUCUUUGCACUGCUGGACACUUUUAUAUCCUGUUGGAAAUGUCACGUGGCCUCUUCGCAGUAGGAAGCACUUAGAUAAUGAUUGAAGUGUCGGCAAUGAUCCGGUCUACUCUUCGCUGUGACUGCCUUCUGACGGUCUGUAGAGAUACUGGUGUGGAGCUGCCUGGCAUGUUAGUAACCAUCUUGUACACUUUAUGCUGGACACUGUGCUGUUUCUGCAAUGCAUUUACCCCUUUUUUUCACUUCCUGAAAUAAAUAUUUACACUAUCAGCA